UCCAGCACCAGGUUCACGUCCGCACCCUUCCUCUCGCGUUUGUAAUCCUCCACCUCCUCCUCAGCAUCUUCCUUCCUCCCUCUCCUAUCUCCACUCUGUCUUUGUGCCAAACAUCUCUUUCUCGAGAUCGAUCCCCGUUUCCCUUCGAGGCGCCUCCGUUUCUUUUGGUUCGCCAGGCGCAGAAACGUGAAACAUCCACUCCCCCUGUGUGAUUGGCACGCUGCCUGCACCCUGCAGCCCAUCAACGCCAGUCCACGUUUGCCUCGCUCGUCCAAGCCCCACAGCAGAGCCAAAGGACUUUACCCGUGGCGCAAAGUCUCCAGAGUGGACGCCAAUCCAGGCCUCGCCCGUCCCGUCUCCUAACUUCGACGUCUGUCCCUUCACGGACUCCAACUUCCUUUUCCUCCUCGUUCUGUAGCCCACCUUCCUUUGUAUCGUCGCCGCGGUCAGGUUCACCUGCGCGAUUCACUCCUUGAUCUCGUUGUUGUACGACGAUUUCACUCCUUGGACCCAUCACGCGCCCCUACGCACUCCCUUGCGUACAGCUCAUUCGCCUCUGCCGUCACGGUCUCAGUCGCAUCUCAAGAGCCCCAACUCCCAUUCUGUCUCUAUCGCUGCCGGGUCCAGCACAACCCUUCGCAUCGCCAUUUUAUUCUUCCCAAGCCGACAGUAAACAUUGUUUCAGGGAAUCAUCGUGAUCCCAGCUCCGCUAGUUCGGAGAUACCGCAAACAUACGAGAAACACAUACUUUGUAUCAGUCGCACGAGGACAAUCAUAUCUCUGGCCUCCCGGGCAACGCAUCUCGAUUUGUAAAAGGCCACACCUCUCUGGAUCCUCUCCCUCGCCAGCAUUUCGAGCCAACACGCCCGGUCAGAGACGCCUGCCAUCAUGUCGUCCAUCGCCAGAGCCUUCACCAUGCGCCGUAAGCGGACGGAUUCUGGGGUAGGUGAUAGCAGCGAUUUUCCUUCUCCUCCGUCCCCUACACGCUCCGCCAGCAUGAGAUACAGCAAGAAGUCAGUCGACAUCAAGAAGAUUUCGGGCCCAGUACAGCUCCUUAGCACGACCAAUAUGCUCACUUACAACGCUCCGGAUGUCGCGGUGAUCCAGGCACAACGCAAAGCGUCAGCAAGUGUUUCCUCAGCUUCCUCACGUGCGAGUGUGGAUGGGUCAGAUGCGUCGUCCACGACGAGCAGGUCGAGAGACACGCAUCUGACGGACGCUUCAAGCGUAGGCAGCAUCUCACCCAUUACGUCCCCGAUGGAGAAAAAGCCUGCGUAUUUUGAAGCUACGCCCGCGGUGAAAGGAUCUUCAACCCUUCGUCGCUCAAUCUCAACGCUCGAAGUCAGACAGAAGAGCCUCGCCGAAGAAAAUUUAUUCAUCACGGACGACUCGCUCCACUCGGAAUCACCUGCCAUACCGCAACGACAUCCGAGUCAUUCUAAGAAGGCGCACGCCGAACUUGCCAAGAAGCGCUCGAUACAGGCCAUGUCUGUCUCCUCAACCUCAUCAGUUUCUCGCGCUCACAGCGUUACCGGCGCACGGUCGGCUUCAAGGGAACGGAACAGUCUCGAUUUCUUCAACGGCAGGAUCGCCGCCGAUUCGGAAGCUUUGAAUCCAAAUCCGCAACCGCACCCAUUCGGCAAGGAGCUCGAGCAACUGGAUGAGGUCGCCGAGGAGUUUAACGUCGUAGUCAGCGACGCUGAGCGCGAGCAUGACUUGCUCGCUAUGGAACAGUGCGGACUUAUGCGCUUCUGCGCUGCCGACUACAUAGCCGAGAUUCAACCACUAUUUAGUCGCUACGUGCACACACAGCUCAGCGCACCAACCGUUGCGUGGAUAUAGCUCAAUGCCUUGGCAAGGGUGAAGCUCAGUUUCCAUUUUCUGGUUCUUUCAUUCCGUGUACAUACUUGGGAGCGAUCCCUAAUGGUUUUCUCCACCGCCCUUAGCUCGAGGAGAAAACUUUCUCACGCGGCGGGAGCCAGACGCAAGUAUCAAAACUCACGCACGCACUGCCUCGACGGCCUAUCUCUUGCACAUUAUUUAUUUGUCCAACUUUUUUCAACUAGCGCCACCAGCCUUUGAGGGAAAUACCAAUAAGGUGAUAGCGCGAAUCCCGAAAAAAAGAUCAUAUUGGAACAAGUAAAAAACAUUAGACUUUCACGACUCUCCUUAAGCACACAUGUUUAUUUUGGAACGGAGCGAUUUUGAUAAUCUGUUGCUGGGGUAAGGCGCGACGUAAGAUACGGGCGAUGGAUGGAUGUUUCGUUAUGUGCUAGCACACUUUAGACACGCGGAGGACAUGUCCUCCUUCCACCUUAUCUGUAUUUCUGUUCGAAAACUGGGGAGGUAUUUUCGAGAAGCAUUUCUCUCUCGAAUGAUUUGUGUGAUCUAGCAAAGAGCUUAAAGUAUGUGUGUGUGAAUGCCACAGAAGAAGUUAAAUGUCAUCUCAUGCACAUCACGCAACCUUCCAUCACAUGUGAAUCUUUC